AUGUCGAGCGAAGGCAUUGAGAUGGGCCGCUUGCCUGUCAAGUCGGUCCAAGUGAGUGUGUCGCACGCCCGUUCUGGCUCUGAGGGGUUUCAUGGGGGUGUUUCGACGUCGAGGUCAAGUAGGAAAAAUCUAGAGAGAAGCUUUGGAUCACUUUCGAUUCUUUCAUUAUCACUUACCCUGUUGUCUUCGUGGGAAUCUAUUGCGAACAGCUUCGAGUCCGGUCUCGUCAAUGGCGGGCCAGCUGGUCUUGUCUGGGGUAUGGUGCUAUCCAUUAUUGGCACAAUGGCUUUGGCACUGUCGCUAGCUGAGCUGGCGUCAAUGUGUCCCCGAGCAGGAGCACAAUAUCACUGGACAGCGGUGCUGGCACCGCCAAGAAUUCGCGCAUUCAUUACCUGGAUGCAAGGAUGGAUCACUGUCUUUGGAUGGCAAGCUGCAGUAGCUAGUAUUUGCUACUUAAUGGCGACGCAGAUUCAAGGAAUGGUAAUGCUAAACAGCUCAGGUUAUCAUUCUCAGCAAUGGCAUGGGACACUCAUAAUGUGGGCAGUCGUCGCUUUCGUUGGAUUCAUCAAUAUUUAUGGGAUCAAGAUCCUGCCCGCUUUGCAGAUGUUUGGUGGAAUCAUGCAUAUCAUAUUCUUCAUCGCCAUCGUCGUUCCACUGGUUCUUCUCUCACGUCGCAGCACCUCUGAAUUUGUUUUUACCGAGUUGAUGACGACGGAAGAAGGAUGGCAGUCAAAGGGAAUUGCGUGGUGCCUUGGCAUGUUGACAGUGACAUAUUGCUUUCUCGGAUUUGACGGCGCCAUUCAUAUGAGUGAAGAAGUGCGAAAUCCGGCAAUCGUUAUUCCACGGAUCUUGGUUCAGACAAUCGCCAUAAACGGGUUCAUGGCCUUUGUCUUUCUCCUCGUUGUUCUCUUCUGCAUUGGUAGUGUUGAUGAGGCCUUGAAUCCCCCUUAUAUUUUUCCAAUGAUCGGAAUUUUCAAACAGGCCACCCAAUCUGCCGGGGCGGCCACUGCUAUGCAAACGGCUAUUACACUCAUAGGCAUGGUGUCGAACAUAGGUGUCGUCGCAUCUGUCUCAAGACUGACAUGGGCAUUCGCUCGUGACGGAGGUCUACCAUUCUCAAGCUAUUUCGCUCAUGUUGACCGCAACCAACGUGUACCGAAACGAGCCAUCUAUCUUGUAUGUGUCGCAGUGAUCCUUCUUUCAAUUAUAAACUCCGUUUCAGAAACCGCCCUGAGUGCUAUUCUUGCUCUUUCCGACAGCUCACUCUACGUUUCGUAUCUUAUACCGAUCGUCCUGAUGAUCAUCCGCCGGGUGGAUACUAGUCGUGGACCCAUUCCAUUUGGACCCUGGACCCUGGGCCGUUACGGGAUGGCGAUUAAUAUUUUCGCUUUGAUCUUUGGUGUCUUUGUCUGCAUUUUCGUUCCGUUCCCGACGAUGAUUCCUGUCACUGCUGCGAAUAUGAAUUGGUCGGGCCCUGUAUUUGUCGGCGUGGUUAUAUUGCUGGUUAUAGACUGGACAUUUCGGGCCAGGAAGAAGUAUAUUGGGCCCAUCGAAGAUCUUUUACAGUCGGAAAGAAAGACUAAUGUUGCUUAA